CAGAUUAUCGAUCGAAAAAUCAUUGUGCAGGUAAGCAUGUCUACAGCAACGGCUGUAUCCUUCCCCUGACACAUUUAAUCAUUUGAUUUACAUGCGCUUCUGAUGAACAGCAGUUUUUUUAGAAUCAAUUUUUAUUGCUAGGCAACAACGCUUAUUAUAUCAUGGUCAGCGGUGAAUGUGCUUAAAUCGUGUAGUGUAUUUCUUCAAAAAUUAUUUAGCGGACUAGUUUGACCGUGUAAAAAAUGGCUAGUUUGCAUCCGACAACCAGUGUACAGUCGCACGAAGAAUUGAUCGGAGAGUAUGCCAAAGUUAUCGAAACCGAGCGGAAUCGUGGUGAUGAAGCGGAACGGACAUACGAAGCGCUAAAACGGGUUCACGAAGACACAAUCGAGGAGUUUCGCGUUUCGCAAGACCAGACCCAGAAGCUGUUUUCCGAAACCGAGUUCAAGCUGAAACGCUCCGACGACACCGUCCGCGAUCUCCGGCAGACCAUCCUCGACCAAGCGCGACAGAUCGCCGAUCUCCAAAGUAAUUUGCUCACCCCACAAAAACAUGAGCUCUUUCGCAUCCAAGCCCAGGCGGAAGCCGACAAAGCCUACCAGUCAAAACAACGCUCCCUCCAAGACGAGAUUGUUACCCUUAAGUCUCGGGUGGCUGCGUUGACCCAGGAAAACACCGCGUUGCGGGCGGACAGUGAUCUGCGGGAGGCGGAUUUCAAGCGACAAAAGAACGAUCUAGUGGCACGGUAUGAGCGGCGCCUGGACGAUGCCAAGCGGGAGAAGGAUGCCGCGGUCCUGGUAAUUCCGGCGGUGGAUGCUGGGAAGUUCAGGCAAUUGCAACGCGAUAACGAUCAGCUGGAGUUGCGGGUAAAGGCGCAGGAUAUGGAGCUGGAGAGUGUGCGAGCGGAUAAGGCCAAGGCAGAUGAAGAGUAUGAGAGAACGAAUAGGAACAUGAGGAAGAUUGUCGAAAGAGAUUUGCUUAUCGAAAACCUAAAGACCGAACUGGAGGUGACGAAGACCCAAGUCGAUCAUCUAAGAAAACAAGUUUCCGAUAUAAACACAGAAAGUCUGCAGAGUUUACAAAAGAUUCUGAAUUUGGAAAGCGAAAAAGAAAGUCUGCAGAGCGACAUCGAUGGGAUCAACCACAAGCACCAAGUGGAGCUAGGCUCGGUGCGAGCCAAAAGCGCCAUGGAGAAAGCGCAAUUACAAAAAGAAAUAAACACCCUGAAAGCCGAAAUCGAAAAUCUGAAGAACGAUUCUGCGGAUCUCAGGAAAGCCCUUGACCUUCAGAAACAGCUUAUUGCCGACAAAGAACAUGAAGCGCAAAUGAAGCUAAACAAUCAGGCGCAACGAGAGGUGGCCGAACUGAGCCGCCUGGAACAACAGCGGAGCCAUUUGGAACAGAAACUUUCCGCAGCAGAAAAACAGUCGGCUGAUUUGGAGCGGGAGUUGCAGAGCAAAAGUGAUCAGAUUCUAGAUGAGCGAAAGGUUGCUGCGCUAGGCCUAAGCGAAAGCGUUAAAGAAUCGGAUGCACUCAAGCUAAGAAUCAUGGAAUAUCAACGCAUGGAAAUCACGUUUGCCAAAACCAAAUCGGAUUACGCCGUUUUACAACAAGAAAUUAGGUUUGCUUCAGCAGAUUACUACUGCUGAAGAGACCUUGCGGAACCUCAAUCUGGAGAAAGGCCAACUAGAAAAGCAGCUGGUGGAGCUGUCCGAAAGAGAGAAGAAUCAACAGACUGCCUUUAAAGACAGUCUCAGCCAGCAUGAACUAGAAAA